AUGUUCAUUUGCCCUAAUCACGUCCUCUUCCUCCUCCCCUCCGGAUAUCAUGCAUUGGAGUCGCAUUUUCAGGAAGUGAAGAGGUGUUGGACAAUCACAGAAGAUUCACUGAACUACAAGGGCUUCCCCGCCGAUAAAGCGGUUACCGGUGGCUGGGUUCCGGCGUCUCUCAUACUGGGUCUGUCUUCGAUAGUUUCUUUAAUCGCGUCCAACCUCGAUAUUUUACGUGUUCUUUAAUUAUUCCUCUCUCGUAUCCAAUUUCCGAUUCCCUACGCGGAUUUGCGAAGAAAAUACGAAGAAGAAGACGAUCGAGUAUUAGAAAAGAAGAAUGGACUGAUCUAAGCCAGGUGGGAUGAUUCGUGGCGAGGGCGGGAACGGGCCCUGAUGGUUCUUGCCGAUGAACAGGGAUCGAGAUAUGCGAGAGGUUGUCGACGAUGGGGAUCGCCGUGAACCUCGUGACCUACCUCGGGGACACGAUGCACUUGCCGAGCGCAGAGUCGGCCAAUAUCGUCACCGACUUCAUGGGGACCUCCUUCCUCCUGUGCCUGCUCGGCGGCUUCCUCGCCGACUCCUUCCUCGGGAGGUACAGGACGAUCGUCAUAUUCGCACUGGUCCAAACCCUAGUAAGCAUUGAGCAAAACCUACACACCCACGGUCUGAUCCAAGAUCGAUUGUCAACAGACGCGAAAGACGCUUAUUUCUUAGGCUUCAACCCUGAUUUUUAGUUUCGAUUUUCUUGGUUGCGAAUGAUCAUACAAGGGAACUGCGAUGCUAUCUGUGUCGACGAAGAUCCCGUCCCUUCGGCCGCCGCCAUGCAUGGCCGGCGUGUGCGAGAGGGCCAACGGGCUGCAAAUGGGAGUCCUCUACCUCGCACUGUACACCAUCGCACUGGGCACCGGCGGGCUGAAGUCGAGCGUUUCCGGCUUCGGAACCGACCAGUUCGACGAGAAGGACGAGAGGGAGAAGGUCCAGAUGGCCUUCUUCUUCAAUCGCUUCUUCUUCCUCAUCAGCACCGGCACACUGCUGGCCGUCACCGUGCUGGUCUACAUCCAGGACGAGGUCGGCCGGAGCUGGGCCUACGCCAUUUGCUCCAUCGCCAUGUUAAUCGCCAUCGUAGUCUUCCUCGCCGGGACGAGGAGAUACCGGUACAAGAAGAACAAGGGGAGCCCCAUCGUCCACAUACUCCAGGUUCUCCUGGCGGCCACCAAGAAGAGGAAGCACCCUUUCCCUUCGAACAUCGACGCCUUGUAUGAAGAUUGCAGUGGGACUGCCAAGAUCUACCACACCCAUCAAUUCCGGUAAGAACAAAAAAUAAAAAAGGUUCUUCCAUUCAUGUGUCUAUCAGAAAAAUAAUAUAGUUCUUCUUUUUUCUUAUGUAAUAGUUGCCUUGAUAAGGCUGCGAUCACAGUCCAAGGGGAUUACAACCAGGGUGCUCCGUUCCCGAACCCAUGGAAGCUCUGCUCGGUGACCAGGAUCGAGGAGGUAAAGAUGAUGAUCAGACUGCUACCAGUGUGGGCAACCACCAUCAUCUUCUGGACGACGUACGCGCAGAUGAUCACCUUCUCCGUCGAGCAGGCGUCGACCAUGCGCAGGUCGAUCGGCCACUUCGAGAUCCCUGCGGGAUCGCUCACCGUCUUCUUCGUCGGCGCAAUCCUGAUCACCCUCGCCGUCUACGAUCGGGUGAUCAUGCCCCUCUGCCGGAGGUGGAAGGGCACUCGAGGUACUUCGUUCUAUAGAUAGAUAGAUAGUGAGAGAGAGAGAGAGAGACGUGAAGCUGUGCUGAGUAUUCAGUGAGUUGAUUCCUGAUGUUGCAGGGUUCACGGACUUGCAGUUGAUAGGGCUGGGGCUGAUCCUAUCGACGGCCGGCAUGGUGGCUGCGGCGGUGGUGGAGGUGAUGCGGCUGGCGGUGGCCCACAGAGUGGGUGGUGGCGGAGGGGGGCCGCUGCCCAUCAGCGUCUUCGCGCUGAUUCCGCAGUUCUUCCUGGUGGGCGCCGGCGAGGCGUUCAUCUACACGGGGCAGCUGGACUUCUUCCUCACCCGCUCCCCCAGGGGAAUGAAGACUGUAAGCACCGGUCUCUUCCUCUCCACGCUGUCGCUGGGCUUCUUCGUCAGCAGCAUCUUGGUCUCCGUCGUCAAGAGCUUGACCAGAGAGGAGGGCGGCGGCGGGUGGCUAGCCGACGAGAUCAACCAGGGGCGGCUGGACUGCUUCUACGGCCUCCUGGCGGGACUGGGGGUCGUCAACUUCGUGGCUUUCUGGGUUUGCGCCGCCUGGUACAAGCCGCAGAGGUCGACGCCCAAAACCGGCUUGCAGAUGGAGAGCGUGACCAAGAGCAACUCAGCCGAAGACGGCUAUAAUUGA